CGUUUUCAGUUGUCAUUGUCAUUACGAGACGAUGGGGAUGGCCUGCAGCUAAUGAUCAUGGUGGAGAUCAAAGACUGUGGUCCUGACAUUAGCUGCGUCCGCGGAAUUCUCGACUCGGUGGCUCUUCCGCGGAGGGAAACGGGACCCAGAAGGCGAUCGACAAUAGGAGGCUGGACGGAGGAGGAGGAUAAAGUUUUGAUAGCUGCUGUCCAGGAAUAUAAUGGCAAGAGUUGGAAAAAGAUCGCUGAAAGGGUACCGAAUCGCAAUGAUGUCCAGUGCCUACAUCGAUGGAAGAAGGUCCUCGAUCCUGAUCUUGUAAAAGGACCUUGGAGCAAGGAGGAAGAUGAUCUUAUUGUUGCACUUGUUUCAAAGAAGGGCGCAAGUAAUUGGUCUGAAAUUGCGAAACAUUUGCCCGGUCGCAUAGGCAAGCAAUGUAGAGAAAGGUGGCAUAACCAUCUAAAACCCGAUAUCAGGAGGACUGCAUGGACCAAAGAAGAGGAACUGACACUUACUGAGGCUCACAAGGUGUAUGGCAACAGGUGGGCUGAAAUAGCCAAGUUACUAAAAGGAAGGACUGAAAAUAUGAUUAAAAAUCACUGGAACUGUUCAUUGAGGAAGAGAGUUGAACAUCAACUCCAGAAUAAGCAGAUAGGAAAGCUGAUUGAUUUAAAUUCUACCGUAGAUGAAACUUGCGAAUCUCCCAGAAAUCAAGGAAUCAAUGUUCUGCAUCUUCCAUUUAGAGGAGUGUCCGAGAAAAGAGGCAUUGGUACACAUGAAUCAACUGCCCAAAGAUCUUCUGUGGAUCUUGCCAAGUUUUCAUAUUCCCAGGAGCAGCGCAACUCCAAUAAUCCCACGCACACAAUUACAGGAGUUUUUCUAUCCAUCUCUAGAGCUCCUCCCAACAAUUUCCAGUCUCCUGACCGCAGCAUGAAGCAUUGUAAAAUCCUAGAUCUCAACAAAUGUCCAACUUCUUGGAGUUUUCCGAGUAGUCAUGUUGGAAGGGUGGCGGGACCAUUUUCCUCAUGGACUCCACCAAGCCAAGCUCAAGAAUCAUCUUUGAAAAGCUGCAUUUCCGAUCCUCCAAGACAUGUUCGAGAAUUGUCUUUUGAAAGCUGCAUUUCUGAAUUAAAGAGUGCGGCAAAGAGUUUCAAAAUCCCAUCUAUUAUAAGGAAGCGGAAAUUUCAAACAACGAACAACAGAGAACAUGGGAGUGAGACAGACAGCACUUCAUCAAUUGGCGAAAGCAAGGACGGUUUUAACAACAUGCGCAAAUUGGUUUGUGAUACUGAUGUUACAAAAAGCAAUGAACAGUACAUGCCUAAGCAACUUUUCCCAUCUCCUCCAAAGUCUCGAAAACUUGGAACUUCGGCUAUAGGAUCGGUUGGAAAGAACCUAGAGAAUGCAUUCAAUGCUGCUGCUGAACCCACUGACCCUGGUAGCUGAUGAAACCCAUAUCUUGAUGGGCGGACCCUGUAAAUUCUGUAUAGGAUUCGUUUUAUCGACAGUACAGCAAAAUUGUUUGGUUCAACUCUUACAACUUUCGAUCUCUGUGGUCUGGACUAUAUAUGCAGCCAUUAAAUUGACUGCUGCCUUUGUGAUUAUGGGCGUCGAGCGCUUAUCUUUGGGAAUAAGUCAGAUAAUUUAUGGGUUUCUUCGUCCCCUUGUUUUGCAGAAAUGCAAGUUUUUGCUGGCAUACAUAAGAGAUACUUGUAUCUGAAUAUUGAGAUUAGUUCUGAUUUCUGAUGAUGUUGAAAUUUGUUCCAACUUUGUGCAUUAACAUUCACAUUGCUGUCUCCCUUUUGG